GUAGUGCAUGCAACGGACGAACAACAUUGCAAAGCGCGCUGUUGGAGCGGGGCUGCUUCGAACAAUUUACCAGCAAUCGAGAAGUCAUUCGCUGGCGAACAGUGAAGCAGUGAAAACCUUCUCGCGGAUUUCGGAAGAUAGUCGGAGUGCUUGUUUGGAAAACUGUCUUCGAGUGGAAAAGUUUCCUUGGAGCAACGCAGGCAGUGAGAAUUUUCUUUGUUUCGUAACACCGCGUGUGCAAGUUAGGCAGGCUCUGCUCUGGAGAAGAAUUAGUCUUGAUUUGAAUUCUACUGAAGCGGUUGGUUGUGUAUUAAGUACAUACGCAGGAAAGGUGCUUAGUGGAGUAUUUAUCAAACUUUAGUGCGACUUAAAGUGUGACAAAAUAGUUCAAGUUUGUUUGUGGUUGGUGUUGAAUUGGGCAAAAACCAAAGGAAACAUGAGGCCUCCAUCGCACUUUGGUAAUGAUAUUACCAACACCGCUUCCAAUGAUGGAAACAAUAACAACAACAAUGGCAACAGCGGAAGUGGAGAUGACAAUAAUAAUAACAACAACAGUAACACAAUCGUGGCCCGCCUGACCGAGAUGGGAGCAACGAUGAUGUUUCCCAAGAUCGCCGGACGCGGAAUCAUACGGGUCGUGGAGCGGUGCGAUGACGCCAAAGAGAACAAUAAUUUAGAUCUCUCCGAAUGUGAACUGAUUCAGGUGCCGGACGCAGUUUACCAUCUGAUGAGACACACUGAACUGAAAACCUGUGAUCUGAGCGGUAAUGUCAUCACGAAAAUAUCGCCCAAAUUUGCUGUCAAGUUCAGUUUGAUCACUGAUCUCAACCUGUCGCACAAUCAAAUGGCCAAACUGCCGGACGAGCUAGCCGAUCUCCAUUCGCUAGAGAUGCUCGACAUCUCGCACAACUCCUUCAUUACGUUACCUGCCGUCGUGUUCAAGAUGCCCAAACUGCGGGAGCUCCGAGCGAACAACAAUGCCAUCAUCGACAUCGAUCGGGAUGAGAUCAUCACGUCGGACUCGUUGGAACUGGUCGAUCUCAAGCACAACCCCCUGACGCCGAUGUGUCACGAGCUGCUCAAAAACGCCAAUGUCACCUUCCGGAUCGAGCUGUCCGAGCGGGAAAAGGAAGAGUGGGAAGAUCUGACGAUCUGAGGGUGGGAUUCUCAAGGGAGAAUGUAUGUUUGCAAUCCUGCCAGUAAACCUUGUAGAUACUUAAUGAGUAUUCAGUUAUCGUUUUGAUUAUUUUGUAUACAUUCUACGACGAUCGUACCAGAGAUCUUUCUAGCUUUAAGUGUAAACUCUUAAAACAAUCCCAUCCUGUAUGUGCAUAGACUCGCUCAGAGGUUUCUUGAUUUAGUGAGAAUCGAGUGUUUAUGAAUAAGUGAUAUACCAAAAGUGUUUAUUAAUGGUUGUAUCGUUUGCUAGGGUUCGACAGCCUAAUUGUAUAAAGAAAGUAUAUUUGUAUUUAGUUACUGUAAAAUACUAAUCCGUACUGUAUUAUACAUCUCUGUUUGAAAUCACCGCAAAGACAAGAAGAAGCUCAUGUACACAGUUAAAAGAAAGAAACGAUUUGAUGAGGGAACAUUUUGAUCUAGUCAUUCGAGUUGGUGUCUGAGCAAGAUGGAGGUGAUUAAAAUGAUCAAAAUCACAAACCGACAGAAAUCGUAUUUGUAUAACUUAUAAAAUAACGUGAGUGAUAUUAUUUGUUAGUUAAGUAAGAUAUAACUUUUGAUUUGAAAGGCAUACCGACUUAUGAAGAAAAUGUUUAUCCACAAAAAAAAAUGUGAUGUGCAAUAGCAAUAUCGUAUGAUAAUUUUGAACAUUUUUUUACAGAAUGGUAAAUAAACAACAAGUUGAUGGAA